AUGGAAGAGUAUGAGGCAUGUAUCUAUGGUAUUGAGGCGAUCAUUGACUUAAGGAUUAAAAUUCUUGAAGUAUAUGAAGAUUCAGCUAUGGUAAUCAGUCAGGUAAAGGGUGACUGGGAAACUAGGGAUAACAAGUUGAUUCUUUAUAAAGAGCAUAUUAGAAAAUUGAUUCCCUACUUUGAUGAAAUUUCUUUUCAUCAUAUCCCUAGGGAAGAAAAUCAGUUAGUAGACGCUCUAGCUAUGUUGGCAUCCAUGUUCAAGGUCAAAUGGAAGAAUGAAGCACAUGCUAUCCAUAUUGACCACCCGGAUGAACCAACACAUUGUCUAGAAAUUGAUGCAGAUCCGAAUGAUAAACCCUGGUUCUAUGACAUAAAGACAUUUCUGGAGAAACAACAGUAUCCCGAGGGUAUAUCUAUUACCGAUAAGAAAUCUUUGAGAAUGCUUUCCUCCAAGUUUUUCUUAAACGACGAUGUGUUAUUCAAGAGGAAUUAUGAUCCCGCGUUGCUCAGAUGCAUGGAUAGACACGAAGCAAGCACGAUCCAAAAAUCCAUACAUGAAGGCUACGAGGGUGUACAUGCGAAAGGUCCUUCUAUGGCCAAGAAGAUUCUCCGGGUUGGGUAUUACUAG